AUGAGCUUCUCGACAGGCCUCAAGAACGAUGCAAGCUGUCGUCUUGCGCCACUAUUACGCCUACAUCGAUUCUGCAAGCAACAUUCCAGCCGCUAUCAGAGGAAAGGUGCCUCCAGCACUCCUCGUCCACGGGCGGCUUCCUUUGUGAGAGUUGUCUUGCCGACCAGCAUCCUCGAAGGAGGCAGAACUUUUCGCACCCUCGCCAAGCAGACAGAGGAUCUCCUUGGCAUGAAAACCACGCCAUCCGUCAAUCUCCAAGUGCAACUAUCUGGUUCGCUGUUCGACAGCUUUGUGCGACCCUUCUGGUCCUCGCUCGCGAAAGAGACGAGCGCACUGAGGCAACUUUUGCUGAGGCAAAGCGAUAUGGACGACUACUUUGGAGGCCCUCGUUUGCGUGGCAACGUGGAGUCGAUCCUGUCUGCCAUCGUGCCUGAAGUCUGA